CUACAGCACCAUGGCUCUCAUCCCUCUACUUCUCCUGGCUGCUCUGCUACCGUACCUGAGCCACUCUGCCAGUGUUAAAGUUGCUAUAAUAAAUGGCACAGAGGCUGUACCUCAUUCCAGACCUUACAUGGUCUCCAUCCAGAAAUUUGGCUCGCACACCUGUGGUGGCUUCCUUGUGUCUACUCAGUUCGUCAUGACGGCUGCGCACUGCUGGAACAGGCGAGACAGGCUUACAGCAGUGCUGGGUGCUCAUGAUUUGUCAAACAAAGCUGGUGCUGUCCAAAUGGCGGUGGCAUCUUACUACCCUCAUCCUCACUACAAUUCUGUCACUAUGGACUAUGAUAUCCUACUUUUAAAGUUGCAUGCAGCAGUCACAGUGGGAAAAACUAUCAGUCCCAUCUCCUUCCCUCAAAGUAACCAAGACAUCCCAGUCAACACGAUCUGCAUUGCAGCUGGAUGGGGACAAAUAGGAACCUUUAAACCCUUAAGUAACCGUCUUCUGGAGACAAAACUCCGAAUUGUAAGCUCCAAAGAGUGUAAGCUCGUCUGGGGACAGUAUGCAAACUCACUGAAACUGUGUGCAGUUCAUCCUGGGGGAGUCUGCUCGGGGGACUCUGGAGGUCCUUUGGUGUGUGACAAUAUUGCAGUGGGUAUUUCAUCCUUCGUUCAGUCUGGAGGUUGUGAUGUGCCAACAUUGCCAAAUGUUUUUGCCAAAAUAUCUGCAUUUCUUCCCUGGAUCAAGUCUGUUGUUGGAUAUGUGUAAUCUGCAUUCAAUAAAUAAAAACAACCAGAGCAUUUGGUCUCAGUUUGAUCCCAAUAAAA